AUGACGUUGAAGGUGGAACUUAUGAAGACACGGCUUCUGAAGGUAGUCCAGCCUAUAACGGUGGUCAUGAUUCUGAAGGUGGAACUUCUGAAGGAAAAGCUAUUGAAGAAGAUCCAAUUUUUGAAGGUGGUACUUCUGAAGGUAGUGGUUAAAGGCUUCCUACAAAGUGUAAUUAUAUAUAAACUACCCAUUGCAUGUAUAAUCAAUCUCAAGCAUUGUAAAGAAAUUAAUAUGAAUGAUGAAAAUGAACAUUGUUGUGGAACUCAUUUUUGGUUCCUAGUAUUAAUGUGUUGGGUUUUUAUGGCAUUUGCUGCCAUUUCAUCAGCACUUGCUCUAGGACUAUUGUCCUUCAGCCAAGUUGAUCUUGAAGUUCUUGUUAAAGCUGGACAACCUCAAAUCCAGAAAAAUGCAGCGAAGAUUAUGUCUAUUGUUAAGAAUGAGCAUUUAAUUUUAUGCACACUCCUCAUGGCCAAAUCAUUGGCACUUGAGGGUGUUUCUGUUCUUAUGGAGGAAAUGUUCCCAGAAUGGGUUUCUGUCUUGCUUGCAGCUGCCCUUGUCAGCAUCAUUGCAGAGGUUAUCCCUCAAGCUUUGAAUUCUCGUUAUGGUUUAAGAUUCGGGGCCACAAUGUCUCCCUUUGUUCGAGUUCUUUUGCUACUUUUCUUCCCAGUUGCAUAUCCAAUUAGCAAGUUGUUGGAUUAUCUUCUUGGCAAAGGACACACUGCACUUUUGGGAAGAGAAGAGCUCAAGAUUUUAGUGAAUUUACAUGCUAAUGAGGCAGGGAAAGGGGGAGAAUUGUCACUGCAUGAAACUACAAUAAUUGCUGGUGCUUUGGAUUUAACCAUGAAAACUGCUAAAGAUGCUAUGACACCUUUGAAUCAAACAUUUUCACUUGACAUAAACUCUAAACUUGAUAUGCAUACAAUGGGCAUGAUAAUGAGCAAAGGUCAUAGCCGGAUACCAAUUUUCUCUGGAAAACAAACAAAUAUUAUUGGACUUAUCUUGGUUAAGAAUUUAAUGUUCUGCCGUCCGGAAGAUGAAACACCAAUUAAGUUUAUGACUAUAAGAAGAGUUCCUAGAGUUGGUGAAAAUUGGCCAUUAUACGACAUUCUUAAUCAAUUCAAGGAGGGUCAAAGUCACAUGGCUGUUGUCCUCAAAGAGAAGAUAAGAACGGCUGCAAUUGAUACACAAGGAGUUGCAUCAUUUUUACCACAUGAUUAUAUUAGCAUCUCAACUGAGGCAUCAAAUUUGCAAUCAGAAGAAUCAGAAUAUUAUAGUGCAACAUUGAAGAAUACCAUGCUUCAAGAGAGUAGUGACUCAGAGCCACUUCAUAAAUCAACACAACAUGACACAAGUACUUCUUUAGAGAAUAUGGAGUCCUUUCUAAUUGAUGAGGAAGUGGUUGGGAUUAUAACUUUAGAAGAUGUCAUGGAAGAGCUCCUUCAGGAAGAUAUAUUGGAUGAAACUGAUCAAUACAUUGAUGUACAUCAAAAUAUCACCAUAAAAUUGCAACAUCCAAGAAGAGGGUCAUCAGGGUCUUCCAGAAGAGCUUCAAGUUCUCAUCAACAUCAAAGAAGUUCAGAUGCAUCUCGAGUUCGAUUUCCAACCCCAACAUUCAUUUCACCAAUCUCUCCUAACUAACUCACAGCUGAAGCUAACAAUUUUUUUUCAAUUGUUUUUCUCUGUCCAUUGUUAGUUCAAUGAGUGUUUUAAGAUAAACAAAUCACUUCCCUCUUUAUUCUUUCUUUGUUAAAUAUGUAAAUUAUAUAUUGAAAUUUAUGAAGGAAAUAUAGUAAGAAACACGUAUUUGUAUUACUUGGGAAUUGUUAUGUAUUGGAGAAAUUGGAGAAAUAACAUACACGUAUAUAUGCAAAGGAUAAAAA